AUGCAAGACGAACAAAAUGAAAUUCAUCAUUUUCUUGAUUGUGAUACUGUGCGUGCUGCGCUCACAGCAGGCAGAAUCCCAGCAAAAGCCGGAGGAAGAAGAAAGCAAUACUACAGCUUCUUCAAAUGGCACAUCGAGGCCCCCCAGUCACAUGGCUUUCCUCACAUUCCCGCUAAAGUGUCUUGGAUUGAUCCAGUAGUGGAUACGUUUAGUUGCCGCGGAUAUAUUGCUCAGCUUUAA